AAAAGAGUAGGUCGUCGCCGUGGUGUAUCGGCAGGAAUUCCUCUGUCUACUCCCCAACAUGCAUUUCACAUCAUAUGCCGUAGUGGCGGCUCUACUGGGUGCAGCAGCUGCUGCUCCGGCUAAUGUUCAGCGACAUGUUCUUCACGAGAAGCGUGCGGUUUCGGAGAACUGGGUCAAAGGGGAGCGCUUGAGACCUGAUGUCAGAAUGCCAAUCCGCAUCGGACUGGUGCAGGAGAACCUACACAAGGGCCAUGACUGGCUGAUGGAGGUCUCUGAUCCAGAAUCACCCAAGUACGGCAAGUACUACACCGCGGAAGAAGUUCACGAGCUUUUCGCCCCAGCCAGCCAUGCUGUCGACUCUGUGAAGAGCUGGCUGCACGAAGCUGGUCUUCAUCCAGAGCGCAUCUCUCAAUCUGCAAAUAAGCAAUGGAUUCAGUUCGAUGCCAGUGUCGCGGAAGCCGAGGCAUUGUUCCAAUCGAGAUAUCACUUUUACGAGCAUGAAGCCACUGGCAAAUCCACGAUCGGCUGUGAUGAGUACCACGUUCACCAGGAUGUCAAGAGACACAUCGACUAUAUCACUCCUGGUAUCAAGCUUAUGAACACACGAGACACCCCCAAGUCUGAUAUCGAGAAGCGCGGCUUCGGUUGGGGAAAGGGGAAAGGCACUCUGCCUCCCAUCCUUGCCCCAUUGCCAAUGGCACUCGAUGCAAUUCUGGCAGCCCCUCUGCUUAGCCUUUGCGAUGUUGCUAUCACACCACCAUGUAUCGAGGCCAUGUACAACUUCACCAAACAAACAACAAGCGCGGUCCCAGGCAACGAGCUUGGUAUCUUUGAAGACCUUGGAGACGUCUAUGCUCAAGAGGACCUGAAUUUGUUCUUCUUGACCCUGCAGCAGCGCAUUCCAAUAGGCACUCACCCAGUGCUCAAGGCCGUCGAUGGAGCUGUCGCGCCUAACCCAGUCACAAGCGCCGGACCAGAGUCUGACCUUGACUUCGAGAUCAGCUACCCUAUCAUCUGGCCUCAGAACUCCAUCCUCUUCCAGACCGACGAUCCAGUCUACGAGUCCAACUAUACUUAUGCCGGAUUCUUGAACAACUUCUUCGACGCCAUCGAUGGAUCGUACUGCACUACUGGAGACAUCGAGCAGCCAGACCUCGACCCAGUGUACCCCGAUCCAAGCAACGCGGCUGGUUCUUACAAGCAGCCAAAGCAGUGCGGUGUCUACAAGCCAACCAACGUGAUCUCGAUCAGCUAUGGUGGUCAAGAGCCAGACCUACCCGCAAGCUACCAACAGCGUCAAUGUGCCGAGAUCAUGAAGCUCGGUAUGCAGGGUGUAACAACUGUGGUUGCUUCAGGCGAUUCUGGUGUCUCCGGUCGCCCCGUCACUGGCGACAAUGGCUGCAUCAAUCAAAAGGUCUUCAACCCAGACUUCCCCGCCACCUGCCCGUACAUUCUCUCGGUCGGCGCAACUCUGUUGACUGGUGAUCCUCACAAGGAUGUCGAGACCGCUGUGACGAGGUUCCCCAGCGGAGGCGGCUUUAGCAACAUUUACCCAAGGCCUUCAUACCAGGACGCAGCCGUGAACACCUACUUCCAGACUGCGGGCACUCAAUACCCAUUCUACACUGGAUCGACUUAUGGUAAUGGUCUUUACAACGCCAGCGGGCGUGGCUAUCCCGAUGUUAGCGCUGUCGGUGACAACAUAGUCGUCUUCACGGGCGGAGCACCAACUCUUAUUGGUGGCACUUCCGCUUCUUGCCCAGUCUGGGCUGCAUUGCUAACACGUAUCAACGAUGAGCGUUUGAAGGCUGGCAAGCCGACUGUGGGAUAUGUCAACCCCACCCUGUACAAGAACCCAUCGGCGUUGCACGACAUCACUGUGGGAUCCAACCCGGGCUGUAAUACUAAUGGAUUCGCUGUCUCGAAGGGUUGGGACCCAGUGACUGGUCUGGGAACGCCAAAUUUCCCAGAGUUGCUCAAGUUGUUCAUGUCGAUCUAGAUGGUCGAGACAUGCUUUUUUUGGGUUGAUUUGCGGGAAUGGUUAAAGUAAGGCACCUCAGGCAAGGUGAGCUGCUGUGCAGUGAGACCUACACCAAUAUUAUGAUAGCAUGAGAUAUGAAUACCACC